AAGCAAAGAAUAAAAAACAAAAACUUUGUAAAUUUCAGCGAAUCAUUCUGGAAAAGUUGUCAGUGCAUUUUUUGGACAAUUAACUUGUGUGCGUAUACUAAAAAUGGCGAGUCUAACUGGAAUUGAAAAUUUAUAUAAAGAACUAAAAAGCGAGUGGUCUAAAAAGCCACAAAAUCUUAAAAAGUGUGGCCAGUUGGUAGACAACUUGAAGAUUGAAUUGACUAAACUAGCAUUUUUACCAACUGGCGAUAUUAAGACGUCCAAAAAUGAAAUGGUAUUAGCGCGUGAUGUCCUUGAAAUUGCAGUCGAAUAUAGCGUCGCAAACAAAGACAUACCAGCAUAUGAACGGUACAUGUCUCAGUUAAAGUGCUAUUACUACGACUAUAAGCAACAAAUUGGCGAGUCUGAGAAUAUGUACAAAUUACUGGGUAUAAAUCUACUAUACUUGCUAUCAGUAAACCGAGUUUCUGAAUUCCACACCGAAUUAGAACUUUUGUCAGCAGAUACAAUUCAGAAUAACAAAUAUAUUCGUCCAAUUUUAGCUUUGGAACAAUAUAUAAUGGAGGGGCGAUACAAUAAAAUUUUCCAGGCAAAGAGUUCAGCACCGUCGGAAAUUUAUAAUCAUUUUAUGGACAUACUGCUUAAUACCGUGCGUGAUGAAAUCGGCGCUUGCAUUGAAAAGUCGUACGAAAAGAUAUCCGCGAAAGAGGCAGCCAAACGAUUAAACUUAAACUCGAUUGAGGAAGUAAAAGCUUUUGGACAGAAACGAAACUGGAAUUUAGGCUCCGAUGGUGUUUACAAUUUCGUAGAAAAAGUUGCAAAACCCAAAGAAGCGUUACCAUCUGUUGAGUUGGCAGAGCAAGCUAUUUUCUAUGCCCGUGAAUUGGAGAUGAUUGUAUAAACUUAAAUUCACAUACAUACUUUCAUAACAUUAAUAAUAGUUUGUACACAAUUAAUAAAAUUUAAUUUUAAAUAAUUAA